GCACCUUCCGUCACGACAGUCGAAAAGGCAGUCUCUGCGCGAACGUACUUUGAGACUUAUUACAACGGCCUCCUGAAUCGUCCAUCAGGUCGAGCUGCUCGUCAAGUCGAAUUGGAGGCAAUGCUUCAAGCUUGCAAAAAUGAUGCAGAGCGAGCAGAGAUGCGCAAAGAAUGGUCAAAACUCGAGACGCAAUACCUACGAGAGCUGCGCGCCAAAGUGGGCAUCUCUAGCUUCCAGCGCAUCAAGACUAUUGGUCGUGGGGCAUUUGGUGUCGUGCAGCUUGUUCAGGAGCGAAAAUCUGGACAAGUCUAUGCCAUGAAGUGUCUCAAGAAACAAGAUAUGCUGAGACGUGAGCAAGAGGCACAUGUCAAGGCUGAACGUGAUGCUCUGGCUGCUGCAUCAGAUCGUGGCAGGUGGAUCACCAAGCUCGAGUAUUCUUUUCAAGAUACGGAUUAUCUCUAUCUCGUGAUGGAGCACAUGCCUGGAGGUGACUUGUUGAGCCUGCUGAUUGACCACGACAUCUUUGAAGAAUCCAUGGCCAAGUUCUAUGCUGCAGAGAUGAUAUUAGCUAUUGAAGAAGCGCACAACAUGGGGUAUAUCCACCGUGAUAUCAAGCCAGACAAUUUUUUGUUCAAUGGGCAAGGCCACAUUCGUCUUUCUGAUUUUGGUUUAUCGACUGAUUUAUCCUGGGAGCAUGAUGCAAAGUAUUAUCAGCUACAGCGCAAAGACUUACUGAGACGUACAGGUAUCGAUCUCUUAGAAGGCGAUACAAUCGAUCGACGCAGGGGACAACUGGUCAAUCAAGCCAUGACAGUUGAGGAGUUGCCAACGACACACCAAAUGUCGUGGCGGAAUGAUCAUCGUCGACACCUCGCAUACUCUUGUGUUGGCACCAACAGUUACAUGUCGCCAGAGGUUAUCACAGGUGAAGGUUACAGCUGGUCUUGUGAUUGGUGGUCACUGGGCAUUAUCAUCUUUGAGAUGCUAUAUGGCUUUCCUCCUUUCUCAUGCAAGACUCGGCACGCUACACGGAUGAAGAUUCUCGGGUACAAGGAUACGCUCUGGUUUCCGGAAUCAAAGAGAGUCUCUGGUAAUGCGCGUCAUCUCAUAAAAGGUCUGUUGUGUGACCGACAUCAGCGUCUGGGAAGUCCUCGCAGGCCCUCCCGUUCGAGAUUCCAAAGACAAAGCAUGCAACAACCCUUCAGUGCUUCUCAACGACAUGAAACAGUCAAAGAGUGCGUACAAGACAUUAAAAAUCAUCCAUGGUUUCGAGGAAUUGACUGGGAGAAUCUACACUUGGCAGACGCCCCAUUCAGACCGCGCGUCAGUGGCCCUUUCGAUACUCGGUACUUUGAAGAGCCAUCACGAGAUGAGACCCUUGCUCCAGCGGGAGGAAAGCAGAAAGAACCAGAGCGAGCCAGGGAUAUUAUGCUGCGCGACAAGACUCAUGGUGCUGCUAUUAUGCACAUACGCAAAGAAAAUGCCUUCAAAGGAUACACGUAUCGUGGCAAACGCCGAAUGCCAAUCAAGCCU